UCUCGUGUUCACACUUUCCUUCACAUCAAUGAAUCCAAUUGGAAUUGGAACGACAGUUACCGAGCGCAAAAACAUUGUUCGAAUAUAAUUUAUGAUUGGCUGGGAAUGGCUUCGAAACUGAUAAGUUCUUUGAUGGAGGGAGAGCAAUCGGUGGAGGAACUUUACGGAACCUGGAGAACGGGUUACCGUUCCGACACCGAUCAGGGGACCUUGGAAAUUCUGCAGUUGGCACUGGAUUUGACCGGGUACUGCUACGAGCUACAGCUGGAGGAUGUGGGAAACACUGCUAACUUACGGGAAUUUGUUCGCUUGAAGCUGGUCAAAUCGGCCUACCACGAGACGGGAGUGUUCAGUAAGAUGACAACCCACAAGCGAAUCUUCCAGCUGCUGGAGCUCAUGAUCGCCCGAAACCACCGGGAACUUCUGUUGGACAAUAUCUGGCUAAACUACCUGGUCCGGAUGCUGAUCGCAUUCUGCGAAUCAAACGAAGACGAGUGCAAAAUGGUCGGCGGUUACCUGAGCACCUUGGUACUGGUCAAUAUGACCUAUGUGCGAAGUCAAUUGGACAACCGCAGACCAUCGGAAGAUGAUGAUUCCUCCUCAGUCGGAGAUUCGGAACAGCACCAGCGCUAUGUGCAGAAAGUGUCCCGCAUGAUGCUGCGGAACGUGGAGGGCAGCUGCGGUUACAACAUCACCCUACCGCUCAUCAGCGAACUGGUCUGUCGAAUGUUGGAAACCUAUCCGAAGGAAUGCAUCGUCGAGAACUGCAUGCUGGACGUAUUGACCACCUUUCUGCAGCACCGGCACUGUAAAAUGUUCCAAACCGUGGCCGUCUGUUUGCGCAAUCUGCUGAAUACGGAUGUUCAGGAGAUCGAAGUUGCCGAUCGGGUUGCCAAGUACUUCUUGGGGUCGCCCGAGAAACGGUUCACCCAGUCCAUGUUCACGUACAAAUCGAGCGAGAAGGUGUGCAUGGAGGUGAUCGUGUCGAUUCAGAGACAAAACUACGGCAAGGCAGUGUUCGACGAGGCCGUCGUGGAGAAAUUGCGCCAGCAGAUGUUUCACUCCGACGAAGUGAUCCGCGGAUACGCCAUAGAUUUUCACGUGGGUACCUUGUGCAGCCCGGACGAAACCGAUAAUGGCAAGAAUUUGGAAAUUCUACAACACAUCCUAAAGCUGUACGUCCGCUACGAGCACCGUACCGAGUCUUUGAGCACCCUGAUCGCCGACCUUUGGCAGCUGGAAUUCUUCGACGACUGGCAAAUGGUGUUCAACUUGCUGGACGAAGAAUCUACACGCCAGGAUAACCACUUCAUGAUGUACUCCGUGGUGCACGUGAUUAAUCAGUGUUUCGCACUGCUGAUGAAAGAUUUGGAGCAGCCGACUAGCCCGCACUCGCGAUUGUUGGGAUUGCUCAAGGAUUUCAUGCAGGGUUAUCCAACGAUGUUGCAAAAAUGUACCAGCUAUGAACAUGCGUACAUGAUGCUACUGCAAUCGGCGGAAGCCUCGUUCCACGAACGGAUCAAACAGUACAAGGUGAACAUUGACCAGUACUACGAAGAUCUUUUUGCUGUGCUGGAAGAAGUGGCCCACUCGGGUCGCAAUUUCUACGUGCUGAACAAGAACCUCGCGGUCAUUCGUGGCUACUGGAACAUCAUCAUGGACGUCGAGCAGAUGUGGUCCGAACUGCUGCAGCAUUAUACCGAUGAACUGUAUGAAACCAGAACCAAGAUCAACAGUCGUAACAUUGGAAAAUGUCGCGAGUUGACCGAACAAUACUGCGACUGCAUCACCCGGUUGACCGCCUUCCUGGAGCUGGACCUCGACAUCAAGGGACACCUGUCCAGUUUAAGGAACAUCGUCUUCAACGAUUGCCGUCUCUUGGAGAAAAUGCAACUGACCAGCGAGCAAACGAGCAUUUUCUACCGUUUGUACAAGUGCCUGUUCCAGAUCAUAGUCAAAGCCUUGCAUGCCGAACUUCCGGGGAAUCGUUCGCUGGAUGCGAUCGAUGCCACUCCCCGCAAAACCAGGCAGCACUUGAACAAGCGGGUGCUGGAAUUGCUUCGUGUAUUGAUCAAACAGUUGCAGAAGUACGACGAAUCGCUCGACACCAGCGUGCACACGUUUUUCAGCCUUUGCGAUAUGCUGCUCCUGACGCAAGAAGCCACAGCCGAUCUCGGUAUAGUCGAACUGGAAUUCAUCACUUAUACCGUCGAACCGACGCUGCUUCAUCGGAUGGUGAAAUUUCUGCUGAACUAUCUCUUCUCCAAAAAGUACGAUUGGCACGAAGCUCCGGUUCUGAAGCAGAAGCAAAUGCUGACCAAGUAUGCGCAACUUUACGAUCUACACAAGUCGCUUCCGCGCAUCACCGACGCGCACUACAUUGUGGUGAACUUCGCGAUCGACACCGUCUUCGACAAACAGCUGAAAGAUCUGAUGAAGAUCCUGCACCGGGCUGAUCCAGCGCAGUUCUGCGAGGUCAUUGCCCAGGCCGCUUUCCAGCUGCUGCAAGGAUACAAAUCGGAAGCCAGUGUGAAGAGUUUCUUCAAAAAAUUCCAAUCGUUCGCCCUGGCAAGACUGACCACCGACAACAAAGAGGAGUACUACACGGUGAUGGCCAAAGUGGUGGAGAAGAUUCUGAACAAUCUGAUGCACAUCUUGUCCGAUCCGGAACCGACGGUGGAAGCGAAGCGUAUGUUCAAGCUGGUCGAACCACUUUUGCCCGACGUUCCCAUCGAAGAGCGACUGGCACUGGAGCAUCUCAUCAUGCGGCACCCGGAGUACGAUCGGUUGAGUGAUGCAAACCGCAGAGCGGUUGAUCGUUUCGUCAAGCAUUUGAAGCCCCAGGGAGAAUGAAACCGAGAAGGGUCGGUUUUGAAAUGACAAUAUUUUUUUAUCUGGACUGGAAUCCGAUUUUCUUUUUUCUUUAGUUUUCAAAACUUAUUGAUCUGAUUUCAACAUGAAUGUACGAAAUAGACCAUACAGGUAAGUGACUUUAAAUAUUAUAUUUUUGUCUUGAUUUUUAUACUGAAAAUUCGUAUCGUUGAAUUAACCUACCACGAAUUGCAGUGUUAUUCGUUCUAUUUUGGAAACACAAAUACAAUUUGUAAGCACUU